AUGAUUCAGGACGCUAUAGACGUGUACGCCUUAACAGACCUCCGAUUAGAGUUGAUAGUCAACACGUGCGACCACCCGCAGUCCUUCUACAGCAGCCACUGGGCUGACCGUGCUGGUUACCCUGUGAUGAGCAUGGGCUUUACUGUUGACACCAUGGACAUACCCAUCCCCGACCCGCUCGAUUUGACAGAGGACUAUACUCCGGACCUCAGCACCCAGGUCCCUUGGGAAAGGAAAGAAGCACGAGCAGUGUUCCGUGGAAAGACCACCAACUUUGACAUGCUGGACGGCAACUGGGGCGCCAACCCGCGUGUGCGGCUGCACCGGCUGUCAGACGUGCACUCUGCUCUGAUGGAGGCGCACAUCAACGCGUGGAGCCAUGCCAAGCCAGCGGUUAUUAAAGCGAUGGCGGAAGACGGGCUGCUUCUGGCCAAGCGGAUGAAUUUCACCCAGUUUAACGCGUUCAAGUACCAGGUGAUCGUUGAUGGGGGAGGCGGCAGCUGCAGGACGUGCGGAGUGCUGCGAUCCAAUCAGCUGAGCAUCCGGCAGGAGACUCCCUUGUUUCAGUUCUAUGAGCCGCUGCUAGAAGAUGGGGUGCACUGGAUGGUUACCACCCGCACAUUCUCUGAUCUCCCUGCUAAGAUACGCUGGGCCCAAGAGAACGACGACGCAGCACAGCGGCUGGUGCAUGCAGCCAACCACAUGGCGCAGUAUGCCUGCACGUGGAGCGGCAGGCGCCUGUACUGGGCGCUGCUGUUGGUGAAGUACCAUGACGUCUUGCAGGACCCCUCUGCCAUCACCGAGCCUACAGCCAACGAGAUCUGCACCAAGCACAUUGACGGCUGUACUGGGCGGGCGCUGCUGCUGGUCAAGCACCAUGACGUGCUGCUGCUGGUCAAGUACCAUGACAUGCUGCUGCUGCUCAAGUACCAUGACAUGCUGCUGCUGGUCAAGUACCAUGACAUGCUGCUGCUGGUCAAGUACCAUGACAUGCUGCUGCUGGUCAACUACCAUGACAUGCUGCUGCUGCUCAAGUACCAUGACAUGCUGCUGCUGGUCAAGUACCAUGACAUGCUGCUGCUGGUCAAGUACCAUGACAUGCUGCUGCUGGUCAAGUACCAUGACAUGCUGCUGCUGGUCAAGUACCAUGACAUGCUGCUGCUGGUCAAGUACCAUGACGUGCUGCUGCUGGUCAAGUACCAUGACGUGCUGCUGCUGCUCAAGUACCAUGACAUGCUGCUGCUGGUCAAGUACCAUGACAUGCUGCUGCUGGUCAAGUACCAUGACAUGCUGCUGCUGGUCAAGUACCAUGACAUGCUGCUGCUGCUCAAGUACCAUGACAUGCUGCUGCUGGUCAAGUACCAUGACAUGCUGCUGCUGCUCAAGUACCAUGACAUGCUGCAGUGCAUGACCCCUCGGCUCCCUCCUUCUCCCCUCCUUCCCCCUGUCUUCCCCCCCCCUUUCCCUUGCUGCUUUCUGCUUUCAUCCCAGGCCCCUUCUCCAGCCCCCUCCCAACGCCACCAACCCUGCUCUGGUGCACUGUGCCGACUCCGCCGCACCCAAGCACCAGCUGGACUCUGCAUUUCUCAUUCCUCCAUCUCCCCUCUCCCCCCCCUUCUUCUCCCUCUUUCCCUCCUCACCCUUCGCCUCGCCCGUCCCUGCUAUUACGCCAGACCCCUGUUGCAACUCCCUCCCAACGCCACCAACCCUGCCCUCGUGCACUGUGCCGACCCCGACGCACCCAAGCACCAGCCGGACUGUGCAUUCCCCAUGUCUCUGUCUCCCCUCCCCUCUUCCACUCCACCACUGGCGUUUUUCCUUGUUGUUGCAGACCACUUCUACAGCCCCCUCCCAACGCCACCAACCAACCCUGCAAUGGUGCACUGUUCCGACCCUGACUCAUCCAAGCACCAACCCGACUGCGCACUCUUCAUGCCUCCAUCUCUCUACUACCCCCUUCCCCCCCAACCCUGCUGCUUUUAUCCCAGACCCCUCCUACAGCCCCCGCCCAACGCCACCAACCCUGCUCUGGUGCACUGUGCCGACCCCGACGCACCCAACCACCAGCCGGACUGUGCCUUCUUCUGUGCCAAGGCCACCAUACCCGGCUUGGGGCUCGUCUGGUUGCGAGCUGACGUGCUCCGAGGGCUCAAGAAGAUCGGCCCUCCGUGA